CACGCCCCGUCCCGGCCUCCCCCGCGCGCCGAGCCUGGGAGGGGCGAGCAGACGCUGGCCCGGAAUCGCGAAGCCAGGAGCCUGUGGCUGUCCUGCCAUCGGGUCCUGGAGGUGCCAUGGAGCCCCGGGCAGUUGCGGAUGCCGUGGAGACGGGGGAGGAGGACGUAGUUAUGGAGGCUUUGCGCGCGUACAACCGGGAGAACUCCCAGAGUUUCACGUUUGAUGAUGCGCAACAGGAGGAUAGGAAGAGACUGGCGAAGCUGCUUGUCUCAGUCCUGGAGCAGGGCCUGCCACCCUCCCGCCGCGUCAUCUGGCUGCAGAGCAUCCGCAUCCUGUCCAGGGACCGCAGCUGCCUGGACUCCUUCACCAGUCGCCGGAGUCUGCAGGCUCUUGCCUGCUAUGCUGGCAUCUCCGCCUCCCAGGGGUCGGUCCCUGAGCCGCUGAACAUGGAUGUUGUACUUGAGUCCCUUAAGUGCCUGUGCAAUCUCGUGUUAAGCAGCCCCGUGGCACAGGUGCUGGCAGCAGAGGCGGGGCUAGUGGUGAGGCUUGCAGAGCGCGUAGGACUGUACCGCCAGAGCAGCUUCCCGCACGACGUCCAGUUCUUUGAUUUGCGUCUGCUCUUCUUGCUAACUGCACUCCGCACCGACGUGCGCCAGCAGCUGUUUCAGGAGCUGCAGGGAGUGCGCCUGCUGACCAGGGCGCUGGAGCUGACGUUGGGAAUGACUGAGGGCGAGAGGCGCCCUGAGCUCCUGCCUCCCCAGGAGACUGAGCGAGCCAUGGAAAUCCUCAAAGUGCUCUUUAACAUCACCUUCGACUCCAUCAAGAGGGAGGUGGAUGAGGAAGACACUGCCCUAUAUCGGCACUUGGGGACCCUUCUGCGGCACUGUGUGAUGGUUACUGCUGCUGGAGACCACACAGAGGAGUUCCAUGGCCACGCAGUGAACCUCCUGGGGAACUUGCCUCUCAAGUGUCUGGAUGUUCUUCUCACUCUGGAGCCACACGAAGGUUCCUUGGAGUUCCUAGGAGUGAACAUGGAUGUGAUUCGUGUCCUCCUCAGCUUCAUGGAGAAGCGUCUUCAUCAGACACACAGGCUGAAGGAAAGCGUGGCCCCCGUGCUGAGCGUGCUGACAGAGUGUGCCCGCAUGCACCGCCCCGCCAGGAAGUUCCUGAAGGCCCAGGUGCUGCCCCCGCUGCGGGACGUGAGGACCCGGCCUGAGGUGGGGGAGCUGUUACGGAACAAACUGGUUCGCCUCAUGACGCACCUGGACACUGACGUGAAGAGGGUGGCGGCCGAGUUCCUGUUUGUGCUGUGCUCUGAGAGUGUGCCCCGCUUCAUCAAGUACACAGGCUAUGGAAAUGCCGCCGGCCUCCUGGCUGCUAGGGGCCUCAUGGCAGGGGGCCGGCCUGAGGGCCAGUACUCAGAGGACGAGGACACAGACACGGACGAGUACAAGGAAGCCAAGGCCAGCAUAAACCCAGUAACUGGAAGGGUAGAGGAAAAGCCACCCAACCCCAUGGAAGGCAUGACAGAGGAGCAGAAGGAGCAUGAGGCCAUGAAGCUGGUGAACAUGUUUGACAAGCUUUCCAGGCACAGGGUCAUCCAGCCCAUGGGGAUGAGUCCCCGGGGUCAGCUCACAUCCCUGCAGGAUGCCAUGUGUGAGACCAUGGAGGGGCAACUUUCCUCGGACCCUGACUCGGACCCUGACUGAAAAUGGCCGCUCUUCUGCUCCCCUUCAGAACCGGUGCUGCUUCCAGAGGUGUCCUUGGGGCCAGGACGUGGGGAAGCUACGCCCCUCCCUCCAGCUUGGAGGUCCCUUUCUCUUUACUUCCAAAGUUCUAUUCAUGAUUUGCCUUUGGUCCAUUUUCUUCUCUCUAGGACUGUGAGGCUCUCAUCCUGCUAGAACUCUGGGAACCCAGUCUUUGUUUCUGUAAAUCAAGUGGUUUCUUUUGUGUGUGCCUGAGGGCAGGGCUUAACUGAAGGCAAAACUGUACAUGCGUUUGGGAGGGUAGGACUGAGCGUGGGAACAGGCAGACAGCACGAGCACAGCUGGCACACUGGCCCAGACUGGUGUUGGGCAGGUACCGCAUUUCACAGGGCGAAAAACCUGCUGGAACUUAUAUGCUAAUUCCAGAAACACACUUCUGAUCUGCUGUUUUUGUCCCCACUGAGUGCAGAGCUGGUAGCCUCUUGUAUUUUCGGUCCUGGCUCAGUGCCCAAGUUAUCAGUGGCUCUGAUAAUCUCAAUCCUUCCUGCUGGCUUAGAUCAUUAAAUAUAUGAAGGAAAAUGUCUCUCCUGAAACCGUAAGUCUAGAUUUCGGUUGUGCACCACAGAGCUUCAUGAAAACAUCUUUUUGAAAUAGAGUUCCAGGCAAGAAUGUGUGCGCACGCAUGCGUGUGUGUGAAUGUCUGUGCAGAAUAUCAAGUAAAGGCUUGUUAAGUAGAA